CUCGCUUAUAAUGCAGAACACAUGAAGUCACAGCAGUUCAGUCUACUCUGCCAGUGGAUUACUAGGAGCAGAGUGGCAUGCUGUCUCUUCCAUUUUCCACCGCUUACUGGAGGUAAAAGAACUCUGGCUGGAGACCCUCCAAGGGCAGAGCCGAGGCCACGCGGGAGAGAAAUUCAUCACUGGACAGUCAGCGAAAGUUCUGAUGAAGUUGAUAAGCAGCUGCAAUUCUUCAAAAACACUAAAUGCCAAUGAUAUGGAGACAUUAAUUGAAUGUCAAUCAGAGGGUGAUAUCAAGGACCAUCCUCUGUUGGCAUCAUGUGAGAGUGAAGAUAGUAUCUGCCAGCUAACUGAAAUUAAGAAGAGAAAGAAGGUGCUGUCCUGGCCCUCUCUCAUGAAAAGGCUUUCUCCUUUGUCAGAUUUUUCUGGGGCUUCAGAGACAGAACUGAAAACAUCACUGUUUGAUCAGCCCUUGUCAGUUAUCUGUGGUGAUGAUGACACGCUCCCCAGACCCAUUCAGGAUAUUCUCACAAUUCUGUGCCUUAAAGGCCCUUCCACUGAAGGGAUAUUCAGGAAAGCAGCCAACGAGAAAGCCCGCAAAGAGCUCAAGGAGGAGCUCAACUCGGGAGGCAUGGUAGACCUGGAAAGUCGCCCUGUACACCUCUUGGCAGUGGUCUUCAAGGACUUCCUCAGAAGUAUCCCACUGAAGCUACUUUCAUGUGACCUAUUUGACGACUGGAUGGGUGCCCUGGAGAAGCAGAAUGAGGAGGACAGGAUAGAGGCCCUGAAACAGGUUGCAGGUAAGCUCCCGCGGCCCAACCAUCUGCUGCUGAAAAACCUGGUCUCAGUUCUCUACCUGAUCAGCAAGAACUCCGAGGUCAACAAGAUGGACGCUAGCAAUCUAGCUAUCUGCGUGGGACCCAACAUGCUGACCCGAGAGAAUGACCAAACCUUGUCAUUCGAAGCCCAGAAAGACUUGAACAAUAAGGUUAAGACAUUGGUAGAAUUCCUCAUUGAUAACUGCUUUGAAAUAUUCGGGGAGAACAUUCCGGCACAUUCCAGUAUCACUUCUGAGGACUCCCUGGAACACACUGACAGUUCAGACGUGUCAACCCUGCAUAACGACUCAGCCUAUGACAGCAAUGACCCUGAUGUAGAGUCUAGCAGUGCCAUCAGCUCUCCAAGCAGACUGCCCCAGGUGCCCUCAGAGACCGCCGCUGGCUUGGGGCCCAAAGGCCUGCAGGACACUUGGGAGUUAAGCCAGGAGCCCACUGUCAGCACGGUAGCCAAGCUGAAAAGCUCCCUGAGCGACACGGACAGGAGGUACUCAGAACCCAACAUGGCUUUCUCACAAGAGUGCCUCGAGAGUCGGAAAGCUAACCAAAAACUAACACGAAGUGAGGAUGACUUCACCAGGGCCCAGCCAGGCUCUGGUUUUGAAAGUGAGGAAGCUGAGGACCCAUUUCCAGAGGAGGUGUUUCCUGCAGUUGAAGGCAAAAACCAGAGACCACAGGACCUAAAGGUGAAGAGCUGGACUCAGGGUUUGGUGUCGCCAUGGGGACUGGUGCCCAAAGCCUUCUCCAGUGGCUCCCUGGACGCUUCCUCUGACAGCUCCCCCAUGGCUUCUCCUUCCAGUCCCAAAAAGAAUUUUUUCACCAGACAUCAGUCUUUCACCAAGACUGACAAAAGUAAGCCCAACAGAGAAAUAAAAAAACACUCCAUGUCAUUUUCCUUUGCCUCUCACAAAAAAGUGCUGAGCAAAACCUCCAGCUUUGCAUCUGUGAAAUCCAAAGGCUUUACCACAGACCAAGUAAGGAAAGAUUUUAAAAAAGAAAGCCAGCUUGCUGGACGAAUUGUGCAGGAAAACGUGUCUGAAAUGCACGGCCACACAACUCUAGACUCUAGCUCGAGAGCCUAUGCCCUCUCAGGUGCCCAGAGAAGCCCGGGAAGGCCACCAUCUUAUGAAGAGGCCAUUCGGUGCCAGGCCCCGGGCUUCCCUGCCUGCGGGAGCCAAACAGUUGGUAGCAUGCGGGCCAGAAUGUUCAGCCUAGACACGGAGCUGCCACUUGUACCUUUUCAUCACGACGGGGACUCAAGAAAUACGUGUAGUCAAGGGCCACUUGACGGGCACAGACUCACACCCAGGACUGAGAGUUGGAAACAAGGCAGGACUGUCCAUGCUUCUGUGGAAACAACAGAACAAGUGACUGUCCUCAGGAGACCCACGCUGCACCGGCUAAGAACUGUGUCCGAGUCCACACAGAAGAGUAAGUGGGACUACCUGGUGCGGCGAUGUAGUCAGCCGGUCUUUGAGGCUGACCAACUCCAAUACGCCAAAGAAUCCUACAUUUAGGAAGGCAGGCCAGAUGCCAUGACACAGCGUGUGGCAACUCUGCAAAGCGUGACUGCAUACAGAACUGCUUUUAGACUCAUGUUUUCAAAAAGUCGAGAAUAAGCUCCUUUAGAGUUGUGUAGGGACUUCCUCAGAGAGGAUAGCUACACAAUGGUACUCAGGUCGUAUCUGUGUGCACCUGAAUUUGUGCAACAUGUAUAAAUUUACAAAGUGUAUUCUAGACAAGGUGUUCAGUGCAAAGAUCCUACAUAAAGAUGUGUAUAUGUUUGUGAACUUGCAGUAAACUGCAUUGCUGUUCUCUGCC